GAUUUUAGAUGGACACCAUUGACCGAAAUGGCCUUCCUCACUACAGGCAGUCUUAUCUUGCUGUCUCCUUGGACGAAGCACAGCUGGAUGUCCUUGGGCAGCGGGUAGAAAAGAAGUCUCUGUCGUUGUUGGAGAGGGUGAAGGCACAAUGUUGGUGUUCUGGUCCAAGGUUGAAGAACUUUCUGCUGGGCUUUGUUCCUGUCCUGUCAUGGCUGCCUCGUUACUCCAUCAAAGAAAACGCCAUCAGAGACUUGGUGUCUGGAGUCAGCGUUGGGAUCAUGCAUCUGCCGCAGGGUAUGGCCAACGCCAUGUUGGCAGGAGUUCCUCCAGUGUUUGGUCUGUACACUUCUCUCUAUCCUCUGAUCAUCUACUUCAUAUUCGGCACUUCCAGACACCUCUCCAUCGGAACUUUUGCCGUCCUGGCCAUCAUGAUUGGGUCUGUGACAGCUAAUGUGGAGUUGCUAAGCAACGGCACUGAAGAGAGUCAGCCUGAUGUGGAAGCAGCCAAAGUGAAUGUGGCUGUACAGCUCACCUUCCUUUGUGGCCUCAUACAGCUCCUGCUGUACCUGCUGCGUGGUGGUGGUGUGUGUCGCUGGUUGUCUGAUCCUCUUAUUAGAGGCUACACCACAGCAGCAGGCCUGCAUGUGAUCGCCCUUCAGCUGCCACUGAUGACAGGAAUACCUGCACAGAGACACACCGGACUGCUGGCUUCAGCUUGGACUUUAAAGGAUGUUCUGUAUGGAGUGACCAGUGCUGUACCAGGAACUCUGUCAGUCUCCACGGUUUCUAUGGUGAUACUCAUCGGAGGCAAGAUGCUGAAUGAGCACUUUAAGAACAAGCUGCCUGUCGCUAUACCAUGGGAACUUAUACUGAUUGUCCUGGGUACCAUCCUGUCAGUGCAGAUGGAUCUGGCUGGACAGCACAGAGUCCAGGUGGUGGGACACAUACCCAGUGGUCUAUCAUCCCCAGUCCUUCCGUCUCUCUCGCAGGCCAGAGAGUUGUUCAUUCCAGCUCUGUCAACUGCUCUGGUUGGCUUCAGUUUCCUCUCAGCCAUGGGCUCAGUGUUCGCCCACAAACAUGGCUACCGUGUGAACUCUAGUCAGGACCUGCUGGCUCUGGGUCUGUGUAACACUGUAGGAGGAUUGUUCCAGUGCUUCGCUGUCAGCUGCUCCUUCUCUCGCAGUAUGGUCCAGGAUAGUAUCGGUGUCAAAUCACAGAUGGCAGGUUUGGUAUCAGCUUUGGUGAUUCUAACCAUUUUGUUGAAGAUCGGUCAUCUCUUUGAGCAGCUGCCAAAGGCAGUAUUGGCAGUGAUCAUCGCUGUGAACCUGCAGGGGAUAGUGGCUCAGAUCAAAGAUGUGUGUGUGCUCUGGAAGUCUGACAGAUUAGACCUGCUGGUGUGGGUCACGUCUUUGAUUUCCACUCUGGUCUUUAACCUGGACCUGGGUCUGGCUGUGGCCGCUGGCUUCUCUCUACUCACAUUCAUCUACAGAACACAACACUCCUCCACUGUUGUUUUGGGUCGUAUUCCCGGUACAGACUGUUACAGAGAUGUGGGACUCUACACUGAGGCAAAGCAAGUUCCUGGCGUGACGGUACUCUCCUGUUCCAGUCCUAUUUACUUUGCCAACUCUGAGCUGAUCUUCACAGAGAUCAGAGAGACAGUGAGUCGCGGUCAGAAGGAGAACCCAGCUGGAGUCCAUACCUCUCCCUCCUCCUCUUCCUCCUCCUCCUCUCCUCCCUCCUCCUCAGCCCAGUUACUGACACACACUCAUUGCUUGGUUCUGGAUCUCAGCUCGGUCAAUUUCAUGGACUCUGUGGCCAUGACAGCACUUUGCAAGGUUGUAGAGAGCCUGGGAGUCCAGGGUGUCAGCACGUUUCUGGCAGCUUGCCCAGAGAGAGUUUUAUCCCAGCUCCAGACUCAGGGUUGUAUACCAGACAGCCUGCCCAGUUCAUGUCUCUUCCCAUCAGUCCAUCAUGCUGUCCAGCGCUGCCUCAGCACCCUUCCCAGGCCUCUGGAGGAAAUCAACCCAGAUGCAAGUGAAUGUUGAACCUACAACUUGACUGGUGCUUUUAAACAGGACUGUAACCUCACAGUAACAAGAGGACAGAAAGAACUUCCUGAGGUAAUAGUUCAGUUUUUAAGGUGGCGGACGGAACAAUCACAGCUUCAUGUUUUGUUUUUCUUUUGAAAUACAGUCAUUAACACCUUAAACAGUAUGUAUACGCCUGCACUUUUGACACAUUUUCAAACAAUAAAUGUAACUGUUCCCCAAUUUGCACUA